CAAUUGUAUUUACCUUAAAUCGUACAUGAUGAAAAUGUAUUUUUAUUACAUUUUUUAGGAUAGACUAUUUUUAAAUACAUUCUAUGUGGCUUAUCUUGCUGUCUGUAUGCAUUUUAAUAAAUUGGUUAACUCUCUAGCUGUUAGAUUCAAUUCUAUUUAACGUACAUUCUCAAAGGUUAUGUGUACAUGCUGUAGAACGUAGACAACGCAUUUUGGGACUAAGAUUUUGGUUGUAUUUUAAAAGACUUUACAGUAUUUUCUAUCAGACUAAUAAUUAAAAAAACAAUGAGACUUAUAACUACUUUAUUUGGAAAGAUGGGUGAGUGGUCGAAAAAAUAUGCCAAUUUACCAGAUCGCUACAUAGACCGUAUCUCAGAACGUGUACUUUGGAGACCUCCACCUGGCAAACCACAAUAUCUUAAUCGUAAAAUAGUGGCAAAUCGUAAAUUAUACUACUCUAUCCAUCGGCCAUGGACAACGCAUUUUCAGUUUCAGAAUUGGAUUUUAAAACACAGACAGUGGUAUCCGCUCGAACCUAUAAAGGAUUGGAGUUUCUUUCGUGGUGAUCGUGUGACAGUGUUAGUUGGCCCUGAUAAAGGAAAACAGGGAAUAGUUCAUGAUAUUAUACAAGAGAGAAAUUGGAUCAUUGUACAAGGGCUAAAUACAAAGGCGGUAAUAUUUGACAAGAGAAAGAAUUUUCCUGGUAUUUGUAGGCGUAUAGAACAGCCAUUAUUAGUCAAUGUACAAGUGAAAUUAGUAGAUCCUUCUGAUUUGAAUGCAACUUCAAUUGAAUGGAGAUAUACAGAACAAGGUGAACGUGUGAGAGUAUCUCUUAGAACUGGCAGAAUUAUUCCUAUUCCUGUAACAAGUAAAGAAACUGUAGAUUACAAAUCCCCAGACAUUUAUGUUGAACAAGCGAAAGACACUACUGCAGAUGAUGUAAAGGAAUUAACAUUUGAAGCAAAAUUAAAAACCUUUGAAAUGGAUAUUAUGGAUAAAAUGGAUAUCAAAGAGGAUCGCAUACCAAAGGAAAGUUAUUGGUAUUAAUUUUGUUAAAUGUAUAAUGUUUUCACAAGUGAACUUGUUUGAAAGUAAAACUGUAACAUUGUUUGAAAAAACACUAGUUGCGAUAUCUUGUCUCGAAAACUGUAUUGAGGAUGAUUUGCAGAAUUAAAAGAAUUGAUCGAAUAUA